AUCACAUUACACCACCACACCACAACACUAGAUAUUAGACACUCCGCACUGCACUCUCCUCCCACUAUUCCAGCUUCCUAAUCCUAGAUAUUGCCCCACAGUUAGCCUUACAGGCGAUUCCCCUCAUUGAGUGUCACUCACGAUCGUGCGCUGCCAUUUGAAUGCGCCGCAAUGCAAUCUGCAAUGCGAUCCUGCUGCCAUGCUGCACCGCGCGCCCCGGCCCUCGGGAAUGACGGGCACACAAUGCGUCGCUUUGACCAUGCCGCCUUACCAGGUAGAGACACAGGGAGAGCAGCAGCAGCAGCAGCAGCGGCAGCAGCAGCAGCUCGGCCGUUUCGAGUCAUCUCCGCGAGGCUGCCAAAAGCUUUUGUGAGGACUCAGAACACAAGGCUAGCAGCAAGACCGUCGCUUGCGGGGAGGUCGCGAUUGGCGGAGACCGCGCGACCCGCUGCUCCUGGUGCGCGAGUCAAGGCGCAGGCUUCCGCACGGCGGAGCGGAGACGGCGGCGGGGGUAGCGACGGGAGGGGGAGCGGAGGCGGCGGGGGCGGCGGAGGAGGAGGGGGGGAUGGAGGCGGAGGGGGAGGAAAGGAUAGCGGAGACGGCGGGGAUUGCGGAGGCGAAGGUGGUAACCAGCGGGAAUGUGGUUACUUAUUUCUUAUGAAGCUGUUUUCCGAUUGGUUAAACGCCCGUGCUUCUGCCCUCUCUCCUCUCCUCCACAACCGCCUAAGCCCUUUCCCCAGCGCAUUAUCACUCUCCGCAUUCCUCCUUAUCACGCUCCCCCUGCUCCUCUCCCCGCUCGCCCGCGCGGAAUCCGCGCUUCUCCGCCGCCCUGCGCCUCCCCUUGGGGCUUCCGCGCCCGCCAGUGAUCAGGAGGUGAUCUGGGAGCUGCAUGGUGACAGGUGGCGGCGCCUGAUUGGCGGAGACAGCAGCAGUGCAGGCAGCAGCGGGGGGAAGGACCAGCUAGUAGUGGAAGUUGAAGUGGAGGGUGAGGAAGCUGCUAACGCGUACGAGGAGGAACACGGACGCGUUAUAGAGGGGAUCGUUACAGGCACUGGGGACGCCAAGGGGAAGGGUUCAGGAGUUAG